AUGAGCCUGCGGCCCGAGGCCAACGGGACGGCGGCGGCGCGGCGGGACUUCGUGCUGCUGGGCUUCUCGGGCUGGCCGCGGGGGCUGCGCGCGGGGCUCUUCGCGCUCGGCCUGCCGCUCUAUGCCGCCACGCUGGCCGGGAACCUGCUGAUCGUGGGGCUGGCGGCGGCCGAGCGCGCGCUGCGCACGCCCAUGUACUUCUUCCUGGGCGCGCUGUCGGCCGUCGAGGUGGCCUACACGCUGGUGCUGACGCCGCGCGCGCUCGUCGGCUUCCUGCUGCCCCCCGGCGGGCAGCCGCUGCCCCCCGCCGCGUGCGCCGCGCAGAUGGGCCUCUUCGUGGCGCUGGGCGGCACCGAGUGCCUGCUGCUGGCCGCCAUGGCGCUGGACCGCUACCUGGCCAUCUGCCGCCCGCUGCGCUACCCGCAGCUCGUCACGCCGGGCCUGUGCUGGCGGCUGCUGGCGGGCUGCGGCGCGGGCGGCGCCGGCCUGGCGCUGGGGCUCACGGCCGCCAUCUUCCGGCUGCCCUUCUGCCGCGGCCGCCGCGUCAACCACGUGUUCUGCGACCUGCCGGCGCUGCUGGCGCUGGCGUGCGGGGACAAGGCGCUGCAGGAGCGCGCGCUGCUGGCCGCCUGCCUGCUGCUGCUCGUGCUGCCGCUCGCGCUCAUCCUGCUGUCGUACGCGCGCGUGCUCGCCACCAUCCUGCGCGCCGCCGCCGGGGAGGGCCGCCGCAAGGCGCUGGCCACCGUGACGUCGCACCUCACCGUGGCCGUCCUGCACUACGGCAGCGCCACGGCCAUGUACGCGCGGCCGCUCGAGGGCCGCUCGCUGGAGCACGACAAGCUCGUCUCGCUGGUCUACAUCUACCUGACGCCGCUCCUCUACCCGGCCAUCUACACGCUGCGCAACCACGACAUGCAGAGCGCCCUGCGCCGCGCCCUGGACCGCGCCCUGCGCCAACGCCACUAG